AUGUGGAUUUUGCAACUCGGGGAAAGACACUUAGUUUACACAAAUAUAAAAGACGCAUUCAGGGCAGCCCCCCGCUCCCACCUCGGCUCUUCAGACCACCUCUCUGUAAUGCUAAUUCCUGCAUACAGGUCCCUGCUGAUCAGAGCUAAACCUACAGUGAGGCAUGCAAGGGUGAUCGGCAGGUGCGACUAUGCCUCCGAUUUCCUCCUAGGUGGUGUCCUCGACUCUAUGGGCGUUGUCACACGCUCUUCCCACAGGUGCGUUUUAGCGCACCUGCGGGUAAUCGGCGAGCGCAUAAGAGGAGCGGAUCCCCGGCACCUCGCCGCCAGAGUGUCGUCGCCUUUCGAGCUCUCCUACCUUUACGGAAGAUCCAGAGUAUUCGUUCCUGCCUGUGCCGUCCUGUGCGCCGUGCCCACCGAGCGCGCCCUUCCAGCCACUGGACCCCCCUCCCAGACCAAGCCCCCCUGUGCCGUGCUACUACUGGUUAUUGCCAAUAAAGCCUUGAACGGUUCUCCUGAGAGUGAUCUUUGCAUCACUGCCUCCAACAGUCAGUGUCUGAUCUUUAACGACAACGAGAAGGAUUACUUGAUGGAGAUCAUCCACCUUGGUGGAAGCCUCAUCAUAAACAUCAGCAAUACCAAGAAGCUAAUUGUGGACAUCAGCAAAAAGAAGCAGAGGGUGUACCACCCACUCAGGAUCAGUGGGACCAAGCAUAACAAAGACCGCAGGCUACAGCGCCUCAUCACAGAGUCAUUUCCCUCAGAAUGGCAGAGUAGCAAUAAAGUAUCCCCACACAUGUUGAGACAGUUCAUGAAUAACAAUGAGGAGCAGGACACA